GUCAUAUAACUUGCUAUGUCAUAAUAUUCAACCCAACCCAUUACCCAAACUCAACCCUGACCCGUCAUCAACAAUCAAACCCACUCUGGUUCCUCUUGCUCCGCCACGACCCUAAUCUCCCCCUUCUUCAUCCUCCGCCUCUUUCAAACCUUAGUUCUCAAAGAUUCCCUUCCUUGCCUCCCGCGGUAGCCGCAACCGUCGAUUCCGCCAACUCACCGUCGAUAAGUCUCUGUUGGGGAAAAGGUCGGUAGAGAGUAUGCAGCCGGCGAUUACGGAGGUCUGGAUCUAACUAGGGAAUCUGAAGAAUCUCGGGGGUUGGAGACCCCACCAUCGGCCACUCCACCUCCCACAUAUUCUACAUCGACUUCCAUCGUCACCCACUCGACGUCCCUUCCUCCGCUUCAUACCUUAUCUCAAUCCCCAUCAGAUACCACCGCAUAGCCGUGUGCCGUGAGUGGAAAGAUCACUUCUCUGUCUUGGGCGUAACUCAAGGAAGAAAAUUAGAGAAAUGAAGGUUCUCUUCACUUUGAUUUGUAGAUAUUUUCAUGAUGUUGGGUGGAUGGUCAAGGAUCUCUCUCUGUCUUUGGCGGUCAAGGAAUUGGGUUUUGAUGGGGUCGGGGUGGGUGGUGAUAAUUGCUCAUGGCGGAAAGGAUUUAAGGAGGGACAAGGAAGCAGGGGAGAGAUGAUUGGUAGAAGGAAGCAUGGAAGGGAUGAUUGGUCAUGGUAGAGAGUAUCUACAGGGGAGAAGAAAGCAAAAAGAGGGAUGAUUGGGUAAUCUGUAAUCCGUCCACCUGGAAUCCCUCCCUCACUCUGAUUUUUUUGGCUCGCUGUAUUCUCCGACGGUGCAGCGACAAGAUGAUGGUAGCGACAGGAAAGGGGCUUGGUGAAAGAAUGCUAAUGGUCGACGGAGCAACUUUCUUCACCGAAAGGACUUUGGUUGGCAGGGGAGACAGAUGUGGGUCGGGAGGUGUAUGGAAGUGAGUUGGGCAGGUUGUGGGUUUUAAUUGGGUUGGAGUUUCUUGUGAUGUGGCAGGUUUUGUGACGUGGUGGUUUCAUUUUAUUUUAUGUUAUUGUUAAAAAUUGGUGAAUUAGCAUUUUUGUUACCCACAUCAGUAAAAAAAAAACUGAUGCCAUCAACGGAGACUAAAGGAAAGUAUACAAUUCCAAAAAAUAUUAAUCAUAAAAAAAAGAGAGGAGCUCUCUCCUCUCUCUUCGGUCUUUGCUUCGUAGUCGGUCGUCUGCUACUCAAUGCGUUGGUGGCAUUAUUCAACGCAAAUUUGAUGAAUUAGCAAACAGACUGGAAACAUGGACCGCGUUUGGCGUUCAGAAGCGUACUCACGAACAUGGACCGAGGCGGUAAACGUGUCCUUCCCGAGUAAGAACAUAAGCACCCCGAUCACUGGGGUGGACACAGAAAGCAUAAAAACAUCAAUUUCAAUUUUGUUUCGGUUGCACAAAUGGGGUUUUCUGCCUGCCUUCAUCAUCACAAAUGGAGAUUGAAUACCCUAAUAUUACUCUCAACUCAACCGCUGUGGUAAUGAAUCCCACAUGAGAAACCAUGUCUACUGAAAAUGAGUUCUUCGUUUGGGCAAAGACACUCCCACCUAUGCAGAAAUCGUCCCAACUAACACUGGCUACUCAAUGGCCGACGAUGACGACUGCUAACCUGACCAAGCUGGGAACAUUCUGAUCCGUCGCCAGCGACUUUCCUUAUCUACGCUGUCUAGGGAAAAAGUGGACGGUUGGACGAUUAUUUACUCCGGAUUUUAUUCCCCGAUUUGUGGGGAUUCGGGUGAUACCUAUCCACCGUAACUACCAACAAUUUAAAAUUCAAAAUUUGUCUCCUAGUUCCAGGAGAACUCUGCUACCGCGGGAGGCGGCGGUGUCGUUUCCAUGUAGGAAUGUAGGGGCAACUUCUACCUUUAAAUAUCUCAUCCCCCAACCGCGUAUUCUAAUUCCCUGCAUAAGGAGCGAGGCAAUUGUGGUGGACAACGAGAUAGUUGCUCCCUUCCUACAACGUGCCAACGGAACAUAAUCCUCCCCCUUUGGUCUUUUUUGCCUUUUAAUCGUUCCCAACUAUUUAAUUUUUUGUCGGGUUCUUCUUCCCAGUCGCUCGGAUCGAACUGUACGUCUCUAACAAGUCGCCCACCGCAUCCUCGAAUUUAUAAUAAUUGCCUAGCUUUACCUAUCUUUUCCUAGCAAACUAAGAUGGCUUGCGUCACGGAGGAUCAGGUGGUUCAGUUUUUGCUGGAAGAAGUUCAAUCAACGCGAUUUCGAACUUCUCAAACUUUAUUCGGCAGGCUGUUUACGGACAACAUAAUUACGUCGUUGGAGCUGAGGGAUGAGGUGAACACACCCAAGCUAGGAAGGGGUCAGGUUCGAGUCUCGCUGGCUAAACAUGGCCUUUUCGAAUUUGUGUUGCCGAGUGAAGAGGACUGCUGCCCCAAACAGGACUACGAUCGUGGAUACCUACCAUCACAAGGGGGAUUUUCGAUGAUCUGGCUGUGGCCCCAUUCCGAAUCCAGCUCUGGGGUGUGAAAGAGGACUGGUGCACCAAACAGUUUGGCCAGAAAAUUAUCGCUACUGCCAUUGGGAAAGUCUUGGAAGUAGGUGUUUUCGCCCGCAAGAAGACUUCAGAGUACUUUGUGAAAGUCCAAGCUCUUAUUGAUUUUACUAAACCAUUGAGAUCCCAGCUAAUGGCCACGAGAGAGGAGAUGGGAUGCUUCUCGGUCAAUCUUAAAUAUGAAUACCUGCUUAGCUUUUGCUUCCACUAUGGCCGUGUAGGACAUUUGCAGCGUGAGUGUUCCUAUGACCCGCCAACUAGAAAUGAAAGAUUUGGACCUCACAUGUCCAAGAAAAAGUUGGGGAGAAAAAUUUAUGAUCAAGAAGAGAUUACUCCACCAUUUGUGGGAGCUAGAAAAAUCGUGUGGGUGAAUAAGGAGGUUCGAGAAAACUUUGAUGAAUCAAGAAGGGCGGAUCGGGGACGUGGAAACGUGAUUCUGGAUGAGCAAAAAAUGGAGCAACAGUUGCCGAAUAGGAAGCUUAGGGGGGAAUCCUCCAACCGGGCUUAUGGUGGUGAGAGGGUGACCAUGGCCCGAGCGGCCUCACAUCAAGCUUCAAGAGGUAGCAGUCCACGUGGAUUCAAACGGUUGAAGUCCCUGCGGAUCCGCCCGAAUCAUGGUGUGCGCAAACUACCUGCUAGACAGGGGGGACGUGCUCCGGUGUCUGCAACUGGAAGUGGCCAACUUGAGAAUGAUGACGAUGUGGGGAGAAGGAAUGGCAGCUCUCAUCGACCGAUGGUGGAUCCGAAAUACCUGGCUGACAUGCGUGACACGAAGGAGGCUUCGCGUCGAAGAAGGUUGAUCCUCAUUGAAGACUCUAAUGAUGAUUUUGAAUUCCAGAGACUGGAUUCUACUGUUGUGCCUCUGACUACUGAUCGAGAACAAGCUCCACUUUCCAUGCAGAGAAGUCCAUCGACAACCCCUGAGGAAGGAGCUAACGCGGGAGUGCGCGGGCAAGAGCCUAAGCCUCAUCAAAGUGAACGCGGUAUAUCCAAGGCAAAGGAUAUAAAAUUGGUCGCCUCUUCUCGAGGUGAUAAUGAGAAGGAUAACCACACUCAUUAGGCGGAUAAGGGUUGAGCGGCUCUACUUCGGCGGAUUUUCCCUCGUAUAACGAUGACUAGUCU